AUGUCUGAAUCUCGUGGACUCAUGAGAGAUCCUCAACCGGGACAGGAAGGAUAUCCAGGAAAUCCUGGCUUCCCCGGAUUUCCUGACUACACACGAUACAGUGGUGCUACGCAAUAUGAAGGGCACUCUUUCGAGUCGAACCGAUCGAGUCAGACGGAGAAGGGCCCUACACCGUGGGGUUCGAUGGACGGUCGUCCGACGAAAGAGUUGGACUGGGACGGAGAGAAAGAUCCAGAGAACCCUAUGAACUGGGCUUUGUGGAAGAAGAUCAUUCAUACUGCCAUACCAGCGAUAUACACAUUCGGCUUAACAACAGGUAUCUCGACACUUGUCGCUGGUCUACCAGGAAUCAUGGAACAGUUCGGCGAGACAAGCCGAAACGUCGCACUCCUUCCCAUCACAUUUUACACCAUCGGCUUCGUCUUCGGUCCUUGCAUCGCUGCUCCCAUCUCGGACCUCCACGGCCGUCUCGUCGUAUACAAAGUCAACAUAAUAAUCCUAAUAAUCUGCAACGCCAUCGCCGUGGCAUCAGACAACUUUGCAGUCCUUGUCAUCUUCAGAUUCUUCGCCUCCCUAGGAGGAAGCGGAGUCAUGGCCGUAGGCGCAGGGACCAUGGCUGACCUUUGGCUACCCAGUCAAGUCAGUCGUGUUGGUGUUGCGUACUUGCUUGCACCCUUCCUUGGUCCCAGUAUGGGUCCGUUGAUCGGCUCAUAUGCCAUUGAACAAUAUGGUGGUGAUUGGAAAUGGGGUAUCUGGGUUGUUCUUUGCAUCCUGACUCCUGUUGCUAUCGCUAUCUUCUUCUCUUCCGAGACGUCCAAGAAACAGAUCCUUGCUGCGCGCGCUAAGAGACGUGGCAGUCGUCCCCAGGGUCAAGGCUUUGGUCAAGAGUUGCGAAAGAUCGGAAGGGCUAUGCUCAAGCCAUGGCAUAUGUGUAUCUUCGAGCCUGUGUCACUGGUUCUCGGUCUCUACACUGGUUUCUCAUUUGCCAUGAUCUUCUCGUUCUUCGGCUCUUACACCUAUGUCUACUCUACCGUCUACCAAUUUGACGCGCGACAGAUAGGCCUUUGCUACAUCGGUCUCAUCAUUGGCAUUCUUUUGGGUCUUGUGACUUUCGCAGUCUUUGACGCAACGAUCUAUCAGAAGCAAGUAGCUAGAACCGGCGACAGAGUGGCCCCCGAGCAUCGGCUAUACGCAGCUUUAGUCGGAAGUAUACUCGUCCCAAUCGGAUUAUUUUGGUACGCGUGGGCUCCAGAUCCAUCGGUGCAUUGGAUCGUCCCUGUCAUGGCCGGCGUGCCUUUUGCGUGGGGAACAAUGGCCAGCUUCCUAUCGUGUCUAGCCUAUUUGGCCAGCGCAUUCAAACCCGCGGACCUGUCUUCAGCUGUCGCGGCGAACGGAAUUUUCCGCUUUGCCCUCGGUGCUGCGUUUCCCAAUUUCGUGUUCCAGAUGUAUCAGGAGAUGGGUAUCAAUUGGGCUGGUAGCGUGUUUGCGUUUAUCAGUCUGGCGUUUAUUCCCGUUCCGUGGCUGUUCUUCUGGAAGGGCAAAAUGCUUCGACAGAAGAGUUCAUACGAGUUGAGCAAGUACUAG